AUGGCCUCCAACGACUCAUUUCAGAUGGCCUCGAGCGAUCUGCUCUCGCUGUGGCACACUUCGCGCGUCCCGGUCCUGUUGACCGUCUGCGCCGUGAUAGCAUUCGCUCGUCUCUUCCAGCACCUGCGCCAGCCCCGCCAAAAGCUUUCCGCCUCCCCCAUUCCUGGCUCGCCGACCUCCAAGAUAGAUGAGAUCGCCGCUCCAUGGGCUAAAACCGAGAACAUCCCAUCCAUCGCCGAGAAGGCCACGGUGCCUGUGGAUGACGGCCAUGUCGAGGAGAUUACAAUUGCGGAGCGGCCAUUGGUGCGCCCAAAGGCGGGUCCAAAGAAGGUCACUGGAACCAAGCUCCCGCGUCAGGCAGCCAAGCGUACAUGCAGUUUCGACGCAGCACGCGAUCGCGUCCAGCCGUUGGUGUUCUUCUCCUCGCUUGGCGGGACCACUGAGGCUGCGGCGAAGAAGGUGGUGGAGGAAAUAAACCAGUGGAUAUACGCUCUCGACUCCGAAUCGAUCCCGCGCCCUCUCAACCCGCAGGUCCUCGACCUUGCCGAACUCGACUACGAUGAUUAUUUCAUUUCCGCGCCCAAGGGCGACGAGAAUGUCAAAUAUUUCUACCUGGUCCUCAUACCCACGUACAACAUCGACACCAUGUUGGAUAACUUCUUGGAGCAUCUGCAAGAGACACACCACGAUUUUCGCAUCGACACGGCGCCACUCUCUGGGAUCUUGGGAUACGCAGUGUUUGGUUUUGGCGAUCGGGAAGGCUGGUCUACUGAGGAGGAGGGAUUCUGCUCGCAGGGGAAGGACGUGGACAAAUGGCUAGCCAAACUUACUGCCAAAAAGAGGGCGUAUCCUCUGGGCAUCGGUGACGUCAAGAGCGACGCGCAGGAGCGCCUAAAGGAGUGGCGCCUGGGUGUGCAGGACAUUCUCCUCGACGUCUGCGCGGGUAAGGGCCUUGGCGAGGGUGUAGCCGGAAGUGGAGAUGCCAUGGAGAGUGACGAGGAAGACGUUGAUGACGACGAGCUUGAUUCGGAGACCACCCAGCCUCUGAAGCCCAAGAAAACAAAAGCGAAAUCCAGCCUAGACGACGUAGAGGACUUGGGCAAGAUGGUCAAGAGCGAGAUCGAUCCUGAUGAGCCUAUGGAGGUCGACUUCACUACCUACAAAAAACCCGUCAAAGCUGCCGCUCCCGCGGCGCCGAAAGAAAUGGUUCCCAAAUCCUCACCCACAUACUCCUCCCUGACCAAGCAGGGAUACACGAUCGUGGGAUCUCACUCUGGAGUCAAAAUUUGUCGCUGGACGAAAUCGGCACUCCGCGGCCGUGGAUCCUGCUACAAGUUCUCAUUCUAUGGCAUUAGGUCACAUCUCUGCAUGGAGACAACGCCUUCAUUGUCAUGCAGCAACAAGUGCGUCUUCUGUUGGCGCCACGGCACCAACCCAGUGGGAACAACCUGGCGAUGGGUUGUGGAUCCGCCAGAGAAGAUUUUUGAGGGAGUCAAGGAAGGUCAUUACAAGAAGAUCAAGAUGAUGCGUGGUGUUCCUGGCGUCCGCGCCGAACGGUUUGCAGAAGCCAUGCGCAUCAGACACUGCGCCCUCAGUCUAGUCGGCGAACCCAUCUUUUAUCCUCACAUCAAUGAGUUCAUGGCGAUGCUCCACAAAGAGCGCAUCUCAUCUUUCCUUGUCUGCAACGCUCAACACCCGGCACAACUGGCCACUCUCAAACAGGUAACACAGCUUUACGUGUCGAUCGAUGCGUCCAACAAGGAGUCUCUCCGCAAGGUCGACCGCCCCCUCAACCGCGACUUCUGGGAGCGCUUCUGCGCAUGCUUGGACAUUUUGCGCGAGAAGCGUUUCCAGCACCGAACGGUAUUCCGGCUCACUCUCGUCAAGGGCUUCAACAUGGCGGACGAGAUAGUGGGGUACGCGGAUCUGGUGGAGCGCGGUCUGCCUUGCUUCGUCGAGAUCAAGGGCGUCACGUACUGCGGCACGGCGACAUCGGCGGCGGCCGGGCUGACGAUGCAGAACGUUCCGUUCUACGCCGAAGUGCAGGAGUUCGUCGAGGCUCUCAACAAGGAACUCAACGAUCGCGGUCUGGAGUACGGCAUCGCGGCCGAACACGCCCACAGCUGCUGCGUGUUGCUGGCAAGUACGCGGUUCAGGAAGCAGGUCGAUGGCGAGUGGAAGUGGUGCACGCUCAUCGACUACGACCGCUUCUUCCAGCUGCUCGAGAGCGGGGAGGACUUCAAACCCGAGGACUACAUGGGCGAGCCGACGCCGGAAUGGGCUUUGUGGGGCAACGGUGGAUUCAAUCCCGAAGACGAGCGGGUGUAUCGGAAAGGCAAGAACAAGGACAAGGCUAUCGAGGAGGCGCCGAAGCCGAUGGUUGAAAUCUGA